AUGCCCUUUCUACACUGGGAACGAAGUCUGGCCUGUUGGCACUCUGCAAAACUGAUACAACAUGCACAAGAAAUCAACACAACAACCUCGAAGCCAAGUCUCAAGGACGUCAAAGCGCUCGAAUGCUCCGCAGAAGAAAAAUUGUUGCUUUGCAAUACUGUGAAAGGCUCAUCUUCUCAUAAGAGACGUACGUUGGAUCAAUAUCACUUCCCAACCCUCGACACGUCAACCCGUGAUACCGAUCAAACCGCCCAAAGAUAUGCAAGGAAGCAUAGCGGACCACAGUGGCAGAGCCAACGCAUGCUGAUGGUUGAUCAACUCUGGCUCUGGGUGCUGGAUGAUCAUACUGUGUUGACCUGCUUUCCACCCGUAUGGAGACAGGCGACCAAAGACCCUUCAGAUGUAUGUGAGGCGAUCCUCAGGUAUCUGGGUGACUAUGAAAAGAGAAGGUGGAUAAGGAAUGUUGAGGAGCUCGCCUACUGCAUUGUCGAUCGCUGUGCAUCCAAUGUUCUCGAUUCAGCUCUUAUGCCUGACCAAAGCUUCGACUUCCUCGAGAUGUAUCGAAGAGCAAUAGGCGACAUUAUGAACCAACAGAGUCUCCACUUCGAGAAGCUGCUUGUUCCUAUGGAGCCGACAGGGGACGAAGACACGAAUCCUUUUCAAGCCACAGCCGAGUUUCGUCUGCUUGAUGAGGCCAAAGACAUAUUCGAUGAGCUACAUGUGAUCCAGGACAUCACCAAAGUACAAGCCAGAGUCCUUCAGGCGCUCGGUGACACCUCCCGCGGCUACCAGAAGACUGACAGCACAUCAACGAAAAGUACCAUUGACAAGGUUCAAGCUAAACGUAUAGCAUACUUCCUGGCAGAGCGUCCUGCCGCAUUUCACUCUGUUGUAGACGAUCUUGUCGAGAAAGCCGCCAUUGCUGGUCGAGCCGUCCUCGAGAUUCUAGACCUAAAGCAGAAACAGGCGAAUAUCUUCGAGGCAAGAUCCGCAACCAAGAUGGCCAGAGAGUCGGAAAAAUCGAACGAGACAAUUAUGCUGUUCACCAUUAUCACCAUUAUCUUUCUUCCCUUGUCCACCAUCAUCAGCAUAUUCGGCAUGAGUGCGCGCGAGAUCGAUGGCAUCCGCAUCGGCAUCGCUUUUGCGUACAUCUGUAAGUUUACUCGAAGGAAUAAGCCAAGUCUAUGCGGAGGCUAG